AUGCGCUACGCUGUUCUCGUCACUGGUCCUGCUGGUGCGGGCAAGUCUACUUUCUCGACUGCUUUUGCUACCCAUCUUCGUGUCUCAAAACGCACGGCCCAUAUUGUAAAUCUUGAUCCCGCUGCAACUGGCGAUGCUUUCGAGUAUCAACCUGCCAUUGACAUCCGAGAGCUUGUGACACUAGACGACGUCAUGGGUGAGUUGAAUAUGGGUCCUAAUGGUGGUCUUGUGUAUUGCUUUGAGUACUUGUUGCAAAAUAUGGAUUGGCUCGAGGAAGAACUUGGCGGUUUUGACGACGACUACUUGAUAAUUGACUGUCCAGGUCAAAUCGAGCUGUACACACAUCAUCCGUUCCUCCCGCAACUCGUGCGGAACUUGCAGCGAAUGGGCAUACGGACUUGUGCUGUGUAUCUCUUGGAAUCCCAAUUCAUGGAAGAUCGGUAUAAGUUCUUUAGCGGUGUGCUGUCCGCAAUGUCCGCGAUGGUUAAUCUUGAAGUACCCUGGAUAAAUAUCAUGUCUAAGAUGGAUCUCGUCUCCGGACCAUCAUCAGACACGUUUGAACCAAGAAAUGGGAAACGUGGAAAACGCGAUAUCGCUCGGUACCUCGAUCCAGAUCCGAUGCUGCUUGUUGCUGCGAGGGACGGGAGGGAUCAGCAACGUGACAACAGCAGAUUUCACGACCUAAACCGGGCCAUUGUACAACUAAUUGAGGACCAUCCUCUAGUGUCGUUCUUGCCGCUGGAUCUAACGUCCACGGACUCACUUGAGAUAGUCGUCAGUCAUAUUGAUUUUACUAUGCAAUAUGGUGAAGACGAAGAGCCAAAAGAGCCACAUGAUCUAGACGAAGGCGACUUUGCUGAUAUGGAAUAG